GAUCAAUGGAAAGAGCCGCAGAUGUCAUCUCGGUCAUGUGAUCAGCUGUGUCCAAUCACAGCUGAUUACAUGGGACAUGCACACAGAUCAUCAGGGCACUGAUGAUCAGUGUGCCCUGAUGAUCUGUGUAGCCCCAGCAGUGCCACCUGCCAGUCCAAUCAGUGCCAGCUGUCAGUGCCACAUUUCAGUGCCUACCAGUGCACGUCAAUACCACAUAUCAGUGCCCAUCUGAGCUGCCUUUCGGUGUCACCCAUCAGUGCCAGUCAGUGCCGUCUAUCAAUAGCAGUCAGUGCCACCUAUCAGUGCUGCCAAUCCGUGCCACCUAUCAGUGUGCAUCAGUGCUGCCUAUCAGUGCACAUCAGGG